CAUAUUGUGAUGGUGGAUCGUUCGUAGGAGAUGUUGAAUAUGUUGAUUCAGCUACCAAUCUUCAUUUUAGAGGGAAAAGGAUCUUUUAUGCAAUAUUAGAGGAGUUGCUAGAAAAGGGAUUAAAGAACGCCAAAAAUGCCCUCUUAGCUGGUGGUUCUGCCGGAGGAUAUCCAGCAGUAUUAUACUGCGAUAACUUUCGCGAUUCAUUGCCAAGUGCCGCUCGAGUUAAAUGUCUGAAUGAUUGUGGCUACUUUCCUCAUUUCAAGAAUCCUGAACUUGAAAAAAAUUGGCACGUCAGAUUUUCAGGAGUUGCCGAAUUACAAGGAGCUGCCCAAUCAUUACCUAAAUCAUGCACUUCAAAAAUGAAACCAGAAUUGUGCCUCUAUUCACAGAAUAUUCAACAAGAUAUCAAGACACCUCUUUUUAUUUUCAUGUCAGCAUAUGAUAAUGUUGAGACAAAAUAUACCUUUGGAGAUUAUAUGGGUGGCCUGAUUGACGGUGGAAAAUGCUCAGCAAGUCAGAAUCAAAGCCUGAUAGAAAUGAGGUCAGAAUUCUUAAAUGCAUUACCCAAAGGAGAUAAUCCAAACUUAAGAGGAGUUUUUGUAGACUCAGUACAUCAUCAUAAUAGCCUUCUGCGGAGGUGGAUUCCUGAAACUGCCAUUAACGUAAAUGGUCAGCUUCACACAAAGGUAUUUGCUGAUUGGUACUUUGAUCGAAAAUACACCUAUUUGAUUGAUGAAACUAAUGAGUUGCCACUCACAAAUAAUGCUCGACUCAUAUGGCAAGUUGACAAUACAACUGGUCGAGUCAUAUAUACAGCAUAAACUUAUGUCUGUUUAAUUCCAAGAAAGCAUGCAAGUACAUUUAUUUGUUGACAAUGCAACUCGCUAAUGUUCAUGUAAACUGCUUCUCAUAUAUAUAUAUAUAUAUAUAAAGUUCCCUUUGACGAAAGUACUAAAAA